AUGGCCCAGAGCGUGGGCCUAGUGCCUGGGCAGCUAGAGGCUGUGGCCAUUCUGCUCUGUCUUGGAUUAUUCCAGUUGGGGACGGGAGCUGAUGGGGCCGAAGCUGUUUGUGGUGUGGCCGCCCAAUCACGCAUCACAGGUGGCAGCAGUGCAAACCCUGGUCAGUGGCCUUGGCAGGUCAGCAUCACCUAUGAUGGCGUCCAUGUGUGUGGCGGUUCUCUCGUGUCUGAGCAGUGGGUGCUGUCAGCUGCUCACUGUUUCCCCAGAAACCACCUUAAGGAAUACUAUGAGGUAAAGCUGGGGGCCCACCAGCUGGACAUCUACUCCGAGGACAACAACUUCAUAGGUGUGAAAGAGAUAAUCACCCAUGACAGCUACCGGGAGGAGGGCUCCCAGGGGGACAUUGCACUCCUCCACCUCAAAAGAGCUAUCACCUUCUCCCGCCAUAUCCGGCCCAUUUGCCUCCCUGAAGCCAACGCCUCCUUCCCUAAUGGCCUCCACUGUACUGUCACUGGAUGGGGCCACACGGCUCCCUCAGUGGGCCUCCUACCCCCCAGGCCACUUCAGCAACUUGAGGUGCCACUGAUAAGCCGUGAAACCUGUAACUGCCUGUACAACAUCAAUGCCAAGCCUGAGGAGCCUCACUUUAUCCAGCAGGACAUGGUGUGUGCUGGCUAUGUGGAGGGUGGCAAGGAUGCCUGCCAGGGUGACUCCGGAGGUCCACUCUCCUGCCCUGUGGAAGGCCUCUGGUAUCUGGCAGGUAUUGUGAGCUGGGGUGAUGCCUGCGGUGCCCCCAACAGACCUGGUGUAUACACUCUGACCUCCAGCUAUGCCUCUUGGAUCAAAUACAAAGCAGGAGAACUCCAGCUUCAUGUGGUGCCUCAAGUCCAGGAGUCCCAGCCUGAUGGCAACCUCUGCAAAAACUCUUUGGCCUUCAGCUCUGCCCCAGCCCAGGCCUUACAGGGGCCCAUCCUUCUGCUGCCCCUGAGCUUGGCCCUGGGCCUCUUGUGCUCAUGGUACAAGCACUGAGCUACGCACCCUGGAAGCUGCCCUUGUUUUCAGGGCUGAUUCGUCAUACUCAAGGACAUGUGCCUGUUCCCAGGAAGGAAACUGGCCUCUCUCUAAUGCCCUCUGGGCCUGAGGCCUCUGUGAGCCACUCCUUCCCAGGAUUCUAUGG